AUGGCCGGCAAGGGGAUGAGGUGCCUCAGCGAGGCGAUGAGGGGCUUGAGCCUCGGUGCGCAAACAUGCAGAACAGUCCCAGUCCGCACAGCUCCGUUAAUAUCAAGGCGGUCCAUGGCCACCGAGGCGCCCGUUUCCAAAAUCACACGAUCAGUAGCUGAGAAAUGGACUCCCAUCACCACUGUCCCUGUUACCGUCCACUCCUUCCCCGACCUUGCCCCCCGCUCCCUCGAAACAUACUCAGCCAAGCACCUCUACCUCCCCCUCCGCCGCGACAUUCUUCACCUUGCGGUCGUCUACGAAGGUGACAACACACGACAGGGUACGGCCCAAGCCAAGACUCGCUGGGAGGUCGCCGGUUCCCACAGAAAGGUUCGCCCACAAAAGGGCUCGGGCAGAGCUCGUGUUGGCAACAAGCAAUCACCGCUACAGCGCGGUGGUGGUAAAUCCCACGGUCCCCGAAACCGCGAUUUCGGCACCAAGCUCAACCGCAAGGUCUACGAUCUGGCCUGGCGCACAGCUCUUUCUUACCGGUAUCGCCGUGGCGAGCUCAUCGUUACCGAGGACGGGCUCGAUCUCCCUCUCCCUGAGGACUUCCUCCAGCAAGCCCAGGACGGCCUCUUGACCCGCGAGCUUGAGGAUGCCUUUAUUGAAAAGUACGUUGGCGAGAUGCUCGGAGCGAUGCAGUGGGGCAAGGCUCAUGGCAGGACGACAUUCAUCACGGGGGAGGAGCGGAUGAACCUGUUCACCGCGAUGGGGGUGGCAGGUGAGAACGGCAGGGCUUUGGAGCUGGAGGAUGUGGAUGUCAAGGAUUUGCUUGAGACGGGCAGGAUUGUCGUGGAGAGCUCGGUCCUGAAGGAGAUGAUCAAGCGGCAUAGGAGUGAUCUGGUGACGAGCAUUUUCCUGCCUGGCCAGAAGAACACCAAGGAGACAACAAUGGGCACUGUUGUUUACCCGUCUAGCAAGGUUUCAUAUACCUAG